CGUUGUAUUUGUGUUUUGUUUUGGCCGUUAGGGGCGUCGCGGAUAACACUAGCUCUGUUUUAAAUGUUUUCAGAAUGUUCACUAUACAGAAACUGAACUUGAAAGGAGGUGCGUUCAAGAGCGUCUGUCGAUUUCGCCCCUGCGUCCUCUCUACGUGUGGUGCAUUCAAGAAUAGUCGUUUCUCCGAUUUUCCGGCGACAGAAGCAGCAGCUUCUUGUCUCGCUGAAUACCGGAGAUUCCCCUCAGCCAGCAGCAGCAGCAUCAUCCAUUUACUGUUCCUCAAAUCACUACAUCACAUCUUUCUAGCCUCGGACUUGCAGCUCCACACUGGGAUGCCGUCGUCGAGCAACGGCGAGGAGCUGCUGUGGAGGGCCGAUGCUCGAGGACACCUUCCCUGUGUAUUCUUUUUCCGAGCGUGAUAGGAAGGGAGCGGCGAUGGAUGAAGGCACGAGGAGACAAAUAAAAUUCUGAUAACCGUUGGCUUUAGCCGGCUAACGCUAGCAAGCUAAGGUUCGCUAGCCCCCAGCUCAGUUGUUUCCCCCCUUACCUUCCCCGUUCCCCGACUCAUGUGACGCUUCCCUCCACGAAGAAAACACAAAUUUAAACCUUUUUUAUUGACAAGACAUGCUGGAGUCACAGUGGACAUUUUCCCUCAAGGAUAAAGCAUCGCAUCGAUGUGCUAGCCACCCUACGGUAACACUAGCCAGUUAGCUGUGAGCGUCAGUAACAUUUUUCCUUCAUUCGAAUAUAUUUUUUAUUUUUCCCACUCUCUCAUCCGUGAAGAGCAAGAUGCUGCCAGAGGAGGGUUGUGUCUAACGGUGAACCUGAUACUCGCAUGGAUACUCACUCCAUGAAGGUCAUGAUACUGGGAGAAUGAUCAUGCUGGAAAAACAGAGCUCAACGCAGGAGAUCGGCGAGGAGGCCGAGGAGGACGCCAUUUUCACUAUCUCGCUAAGGAAAGUGCAGCUCCACCAGUCGGCCAGUAAGGGGCAGCGAUGGCUGGGCGUGGACACAGACUCUGCCCUGAGCCUCUACGAGACCUGCAAGGUGCGAACCAUCAAGGCCGGCACGCUGGAAAGGCUGGUGGAGUACAUGGUGUCAGCGUUCAGGGGAAAAGACUCCACCUACGUCACCAUCUUCCUUUGCACCUACCGCUCCUUUGCCACCACCAAGCAGGUGCUGGAUCUCCUGCUCAACAGGUAUGCCAAGCUCCAAAAUGUGCCUGCAGCCACAGCUCACAAAGUUUCCCAGGACGAUUGUACAGAGCUGAGAAAUACUGUUUCAUCCAUCCUGGGCGCCUGGCUGGACCAGUACUCGGAGGACUUCUGGAGCCCUCCCAACUAUGACUGUCUGCACCAGCUCCUGUCCUACCUCCACCUUCACUUCCCUGGGUCAGACCUGGAGCGCCGUGCCCGCAAUCUGCUGGCCCACUUCCUCCGCCGACAGCAGUGUGAGCCUGAUCCUGAUGGGGAACACAUCGGCUGCCCUUUUGCCACUCAGGAAGAGAGCGGCUUUGAGGACGAGCUUCCUGCGUUUAGCUUCCUGUCGUUUGACCCCAUCAUGGUCGCAGAGCAGUUCACGCUCAUGGACGCGGAUCUGUUUAAGAAGGUGGUGCCCUACCACUGCCUGGGGGGAAUUUGGUCUCAACGGGAUAAGAAGGGUAAGGAGCACCUGGCCCCCACCAUCAGAGCCACUGUGGCCCAGUUCAACUCCGUCACCAACUGUGUCAUCACCACCUGCCUGAGCAACCCGACCCUGAAGCCCAAUCAGAGAGCCCGGUUAGUGGAGAGGUGGAUAGACGUGGCUCGGGAAUGUCGGAUUCUGAAGAACUUCUCCUCUCUGAGAGCCAUCCUGUCCGCCCUGCAGUGCAACGCCAUUCACCGCCUGAAGAGGACCUGGGAGGAAGUAUCGCGGGAAAGUUUCAGGACCUUUCGUGAGCUGUCUGAGAUCUUCUCUGAUGACAACAACUACUCGCUCAGCCGAGAGCUGUUGGUGAAGGAGGGAACCUCCAAGUUUGCAACAUUAGAAAUCAACCCCAAACGAGCUCAGAGGAGACACCAGCAGCAGAGAGACCUGGGAGUGAUGCAGGGGACCAUUCCUUACCUGGGCACUUUCUUAACGGACCUGGUGAUGAUGGACACUGCUAUGAAGGAUUACACUGAGGGUGGUCUGAUCAACUUUGAGAAGAGAAGAAAGGAGUUUGAAGUGAUUGCUCAGAUCAAACUGCUCCAGCUGGCCUCCAACAACUACAGUUUCACUCAGGACAGCCACUUCAAGGAGUGGUUCGCUGGUGUGGAGAAGCUCAGCGAGGCAGAAAGCUACAGUCUGUCUUGCGAUAUCGAGCCUUUGUCGGAGUCGGCCAGCAAUACACUCAGAGCCAAGAAGAACGGAGGAAUCAUGAAACGCUGGAGCGACCGGCAGUUGACGGAGGCUGGCUCCAGCAGUACCGCCGGUUCUCAUUCCAAAUCCUUUGACCACUCGCAUUACAGGCCUUAUCAAGGAGGUGGGGGGGACAGUGGCGACGCUCUCAGCGUCACCUCUGUCAGCUCUAGUGGUUCAGACCUGGAGGACGUGAAUGCCAGCUUCCUGUCUGAUUCACCUGAGGGACAUGAGAGAAAGACGUCGACUCCUUCAGUGAAACUCACCGUCUCAGCUUUGGGGAAAGAAGCUCCAUCUGCAGAUGCAGCCUCAACGGUACGGACACACCAAAUCGACAUGAAACAGCUUCCGGCAGCGAAGGCCGACUGUGACCUCACCUCACGUCGCCUGUGUCUGGACCAAAAAGUUGCACUUGAACGCACCACAAAGACUACAGCCAACGACCAGAUGGUGCAUUCGUUCUGCACCUGCGUGAGGGGAAAUACCUCUUCCUACCAGCAGUUCUGGGAGUGUACUUCUCUGUCAUCUCUGGACACCUCUGGGAUGGGCUCCAGCUCUGGCUCGGCCUCCGGCUCCAGCAGCGCCUCCUCGUCCUCCGUCUCAUCCUCCACGCCACUGUCAGCCUCACGCUCGCACAAACGCUCUGUGUCAGCGGUAUCAAACUACUCAACUCUGUCGCUGCCGCUGUACAACCAGCAGGUGGACGACUGCUGCAUCAUCAGGGUCAGCUUGGAUGUGGAGAAUGGCAACAUGUACAAGAGCAUCCUGGUGACGAGUCAAGACAAAACUCCAGCAGUUAUCAGGAAGGCAAUGAUCAAACACAACCUGGAGCGUGAGAACACAGAGGACUACGAGCUGAUGCAGAAAAUCUCAGAAGACAAAGAACUUCGAAUCCCUGACAACGCCAACGUCUUCUACGCCAUGAACUCCACUGCCAACUACGACUUUGUGCUGAAGAAGCGUGGCCCCGCCCGGCCUGUUCGCGCCAAGAACGUGGCCAGUUCGACGCUGCCACGCAUGAAACAGAAAGGACUGAAAAUCGCCAAAGGGAUUUUCUGAGGAGACGCUCGCCACUCCCUGCCUUCCCUUUCUCUCCGCCUCUUCCUUCAACCUCCUUCAACUCUCUGGUAGCUGCUGCCUCCUCAGAAAUAGCUAAAAAAAAAGAAAAAAAGAAAAAGAUGGGUAUGUUGGAGGCAAACUAACCAGACGUAUGCUGAGUUUUGCUUUGGACGAGAUGUCAGAGGAGGAGAAAGGACCAAGCAGCCUUCCUGUGGAUGAGCAGGAAGCAGAGGAACACCUACUAGCACUCAGCUUCUGAGGACGCGUACGAGGCUGUUUCCUUGACAGGAGAAGGACCCGUUUGUUGUGGGACACACUGCUCCUGGUCCAUUGCAUUUAGUUUACAAGAGUUUACAUCACGCGGUCAGCCGACAAAAGUUUUAGUUCGAGCCUCUUGUUCAACCGAGGGUUAUUUUUUUAUUUUAUUUUGUUUUUGUUUUUUUGCACCUUUUGAUAAUUUUGAAUCCCUCGCCGCCUUCAUCCCUGUAUUAUAUACUCCUCCAGUCUUGGUGCAUGUGCUCUCAGCGUGGAGUGGACACUAACAUGACGACGCAUACAACACCGCACCAAAUGUCUUUCUUUUUCUUCAGGGACCUUUUGUUGUCGUGUGCUGCCGCCACCUUGAUGUCCACAGCAUCUCUCCAGCACUGAAGGCUGAUGUGAAGGGAUCUCAACUCUUUCAAGUUGUGAACGCUGCCAUGUUACAGAACAUACAGAGACACGGUGUCGGAAUACAAAAAUCCAACGGGCACAGCCAUUUCUUUUUCUUCUUUUUCUUCUUAUUUAGUUAUGAAUCAUAAACCACUACAUUGUGAAGGAAGUGGCAAAGCUUUGAUCGCACUUGACGGGGACAGAAAACAAAAACUGAGUGUAUAUAUUAAUUAACACCAUCUGUGCAGUAUAUUCUUUCUAAAAGGACCAUGAGGUUUUUCUUAACAGACUUAUUUUUUGCUUUGUACAUUUCUUUGCAUCUCUCUCUGCUCUCAUACGGUGCUGAUAAUUAUCUUUCUUAAAAAGGGUCGUACAAGCUGCACUUCACUAUUUCAUCAUCGGCCACCAUGUUGGAAAACAACUGAAAACGUCCAUUCAUACCUGCUCAUCCAUAUUCUGGCAUUUGGAUCCAAUUCCAAUUUACAAAGAUUAAAAAAAUAUAAAUGUGAAACAUUCUAAAAAUAACUGGUUAGAGAUGAAACGAUGAGCUGGUUGCUGAAUAAGAAAAUUCUCAUGGCAGAUUAAAACAGGUCUUUUGGUAUUUUUACAGUUAUUUUGCUGUAUUUUUGUCAAUCAGACAUUAUAAAAUCCUGUAUUUUUCAAAUUAUAAGUCUAAAGAAAGGUAAAUAUUUGUUCAGAAUUAUUCGAACAGAUAUUUUCUUAAAAUAACGAUUUUUGAUUUUGCUGAAUUUGAUGAGAAUAAUGUACUGAUAUUUAACCCUGGAUCUUGCCGAUGCUCAGGAACAUGAUUGGUUUCCCAACGUGGCGGCUCAGCCUUCAUAUCCGUUACGUUCCAGAUGUGCCAUGUUGGGCCUGUGUUGCAGACUCUCCACAAUGACGGCUGCAGGAUGUUUUACUCUACAGUAUUGGCUGUGGUUUAUGUAUUGGUGGAGACAGCAGAGUCUUUCCUCUGGGCCGUGUGGAAAAACUGGACGAGGUGAAGCAUUCCGUUGAAAACAUUUUGAAACCUGGUCUAUGUAGGAGUCCAGAUGAAAGACAGUGACGCUGCCGAGCUGCACAGCAAAGGAAGGAACUCUAUUUCCUAAACUGUUUCUUUAAAGGGAAAAGUCCAACCUAAAACACUUAACCACUGUUUUUUUGUUUGUUUGUUUUGUUUUUGGUGAUGCACUUCUAAUGUAUCUUUUACACUGCACAAGGGCUAAAUCGCAGCCUUUGUUCUUGUAUAUUUCAGAUUUAUCCUCCAAUUUUAUUUUUAAUUUCUUAAACAGCUCUAGGAGACUGGCAGAGGAAACUCACUUAAGAAAACACUGUCCCCAGAUUCUUUACAUUGACAAAAUCAUGUCGCACAGUUUAACAGUUAGCAUUUGGGAUUCUAAAUUAAAACUGAGGAAAAUUCUUACCAUGACCUAUGUCAUGGAUUAUGUAUUGUUGUGGUUUAUGAAUUGGUAGAUCCAUGACCAAUGUCAUGGAUUUGGAUCUGAUCAUUUCUAGAACAUCAGGAACAGUUGUAAGAGGCAGGAAGGUGACACUAAUAAUCAUGCUAACAUGCUAAUGCUAACAGUUAGCAUCAUCAGAUGUUGAAGCUAAUAUUUUUGGACAAGACUAUAGGAAAAACUGACUUUAAAAGUUUUCCCCAAAUCAUAUGAAAAAUCAGAGUUAACAUUGUUACAUUACAUGUUAACAUUAGCUUGUGCUAAUGUUAACAUGAAGGGAUCAGGCUAGUUAGUGGCCAGCGUUUAUGUUAGAGCAGAUAAAGACACCAUUCAGUCCGCACUUUAAUCUGUCAUGUGAAGCUCGGACUGUAAAGAUAUGACGGUCAGCGUCAGUGGUGUUGCAUAGCAUUCUGGGAAAUGGUGGGACAGUGGGUUCACCAAAAACACUUCCUGUGAAUAUCUGAGGUUGGAUUUUUCCUUGUAUUACUGCCACAACACUAAGUUCCUGCACUGCAACGAUGUGUUGCCUUUCUUUUUUGUUGCUUUCAUUUAUUGGUGAAGUUCAGAUCUUAACUAUCCAAUGAUCAAAGCGCAUCCCACCCGAACAAAAGCAAACAAGUUAACUCUUGCAAAAGUAAUGUGGCAUGGAGCAGCAGUAGGCACGUCGUCCGGCCGGUGUGGAUGUUUCUGGAGAUGCCACCACGGUACCCGUCGAACACUGUGAUCUGCAACCCUUUCACUCUCUGCCUGUUGAUCGGCGCAUCACUUCGAGCACUGUGAACAAAUAACGUGUCAUUCCCCCAGUAACGCUGUUGUUUAGUGAACAUCCCCGGCCUUCGCUCGGCUUUACAUGUGCCAAAAAACAACAGAGAGAUAAUGGCUGGUCUGAUCUCUGAUUGAGGCAUGCUCUGCCUUUCACAGUGGAGAAAAUAUAAAGUUGUAUGUUUACUGUUGUCGCAAUUUUCUGGGGCACAAAACAAGGGUGAGAUCACUGGACCUGUUUCCUGUGGAGAAUUAGACUAUUGUCCAAGAAACUUGAAGCUUUGUGAGAAGCAGCAGAUGGAACUGACGUAGAAUCUGUACUUAAAUCAGUUUAUUACAUUUUUUUACUCCAACCAAAAUGAAGGAAGGAAAUUAAAAUGUGCUUGACAUGAUGUGGAUGAUGUUAAUACGAUUAAUUGACUGAAUAAUAUUCAGUUUUUCCCACCACAACAACAAAUUUAUUUUGCUGUUUGAAUUUUUUAAGAAUCUGGAGCUAAAACUAACCCUAAUAGUGAGGAUUUUCCUUCAGUGUCUUGGUAGUUCCUUUUUCUACAACAGGACCUUUUAAUGCGUUGUGUCUCUUAAAUGUUUUACUAUCUUCUACAUACUAAAAUGUGUUUGCAGUUGCUGCAAAAUGCUCCAGCUGAUCCACGGUCAGUCAGAUAUUCUGCUGCAGCCAUGACACCUUUCUGUGAAGGCUGAGGCUGAAUUUUUAUCUGUCUUUAUUUUUACAUUAUUUCACACCGAAGACAAAAACAAUUAAGAACUAUGGACACACACACACAAAAAAAAACAAAAACAAAAGCAGCUGGACUUGUUUGAAUUUUCUUGAAAACGUCUCAUUCAAGAUUUCAGUUCUAGAUGUGGAGAGUUUUGGGUUUCAUUGGGAAUUUUGGUGAGUGUGUUAAUGCCCACAUCCUCACCUGUAAUUGAAGGAAUUAGUUUGACCAAGACUUCAGACAAAUUGUUGGUGGGGACAUAUUUUAGUGGCAGAUGAAUCCAUAUUUGGUUGACAAUAAGGAAACUGUAGAACAUCACCAGCCUUAUCUUAACCCCUCCCCCUGCGAGCAUCUCUGUGCUGGUGAGGUUAAUGUGUUUGGACUGCUCUGUGUUGUCGUAGCCCGUGUUGACAAUGACGUACCUUUUUGUGAUUUGAUCUGGUUCUAUGCGAGUUUGAGCAAAAAAAUAACAAACAAAAAAAUCUAACAAAAAAAGAUAAAUUCUGUGUUUACAAUAAGAAGAAAAAACUGGAAAUCAGCUGGCAGGUUAUUAUCUUGUUUCUGUUAACACUUUGUUCCCCCUGAACUGUGCUCGGGUGCCAUUUUCCAUUUUAUUAACAAAAAGAUUCCAGACAUUCUUUUCUAACUGCAGUCUUCAUUUCCCGAAAAACACACAGAACACAAAACUGUCCUUGAUGUCUUUGUUUAUUUAUUGAUUUGUAUAUAGAUUUUUUUGCAUUGUACAUUCUCUCCUUUCUUGGUUAUAGAUUAAUAUAUUCAUGUAUAUACAAAUAAACAUUACGUUUAUAAAAGUAA